CCGUGUUACCUGCGGGACUGGGAGAUGCAGGUGCAUUUUAAAAUCCACGGACAAGGCAAGAAAAACCUCAACGGGGACGGCUUUGCCAUCUGGUACACCAAGGACCGCAUGCAGCCAGGACCUGUCUUUGGAAGCAAGGAUAACUUCCUGGGCCUGGGAGUGUUUGUGGACACCUACCCAAACGAGGAGAAGCAGCAGGAGCGCGUCUUCCCCUACAUCUCGGCCAUGGUGAACAACGGCUCUCUCACCUACGACCACGACCGGGACGGCAGACCCACGGAGCUGGGGGGCUGCACGGCCAUGGUGCGCAACCUCAACCACGACACCUUCCUGGUGAUCCGCUACGUGAAGAGGCGGCUGACG